GCUCGGUGUGUUGGCCGCAGCAAUGGCUCGGUCCGGAUCUACUGCAAGAGGGAACUCGCGCUCGAGUGUUUUCGAUUUCUUACGAUUCCAGUGCAUUCCAAACGUCGACCUCAGGUACUACUCGACGCCUCACAAUGGAGCAGCUCUGGCAGAGCUCAUGCAAUUCUGGCCGGGGAAGACGAGCCCCGUGGUCCAGUUUCUGCUAGUGCUGAGCAAGGACUCCGCCUGGCUCAACAGCGACUUCUUCACAUGGCGCAGACUCGCAGCUGUUCAAGCCUGGACUUUAUUCGAGCAAAACAAGACUUCGUUUCUCAAAGUCCAUAAACUGGUUGUCAAGGAAGGAUCGGCGAGGUAUGAUUCUGAUAACGUGAGGUCAGCUGCAGCUGAUCACUUCUCAAUUUGUAAGCCCACUUCCAAGAGGGAUGGACAAUACGAAUGGCUCGUCCAGUUUUUAGAGGUAAUGCUUUCGAGCUGGGCAACUCGAAAGUCAGGGCCUCCACACGAUGUUCGAACUCACGAUUAGGGUGCAGGGUUUAUGGCAACCACCCUCGCAGGAAUCAUGUUUGGUUCCAAUACUUGAAGAAACUGACACUCCCUUUAUUUGCGGUGCUCUGAACACAUAUUCUCUCCGUGAUGGCUUUGGGAUCAGGUCCGAAAUGUAUCUUCAUAAUAUUCAGAUUUAGUGUAUAGUCAUAAUAUUCAGAUUCAUUGUACAGUCAUAAUUUUCAGAUUCAUUUUUUCUCGUGGGGUUUUUUUCAACCUUUUUCAUGUCGUCCACUCUUGCAUCCCAAU